CACCAUCAUUCACUUCCCUACAAAUCCACAUAAAAGAUAGAACUAGCAUUACACAACAAAAAUGACCAUCACUCCUCUAUUCUUCCUCUGCUUCAUAAUCCCCCUUGUACAUAGCAAUGUUCAAACACAUUCAGGUCCUUCAUCACAUAUUAUGCAUUCUUUCCAUGAAGACAGAAAUGGCUCUAAAUUUUCAUGGCAUGGUUCUUGCACAAAAAAAGACAUAAGCAUUUCACAAAGUAGAGAGACUCUAAGUGGAAUUCCUCAAUAUGUAGUGCAAAUUAUGAACACAUGUGUUUCUUCUAAGUGUGCUCCAUAUAAUAUCCAUCUUCAUUGUGGUUGGUUUGCUUCUGCAAGAAUAAUCAACCCGAAAUUGUUCAAGAGACUUUCUUUUGAUGAUUGUUUGGUGAAUGGAGGAAAACCUUUAACCUCUAGCCAAAUCAUAAGAUUCACUUAUUCUAACUCCUUCUUGUAUCCUCUUGCUUUCAAGUCUGCUAAGUUUUGCUGACUCCGAAAAAGCGUCCGAAUAUAUUUUCUUGCGAAAAAAAGCAAACAAGAAUUCACAGACACUUCAAAAAAACGUAACCAGUUAUCCAGAAUAACCAAGUGAUUUGACUCGAAUGGUUAACGAGCUUUUGUUAAGGACGGAUCGUUCAGGAGAAUGCGAAUUCGGUUUCUGGCUGAAGCAAUCUUGACCAGACUCUAGGCCCCUACAUUGAGAAUAUUGGACUUUCCAAGUCAAAUGCUUCUGUGGUGAGGUUGUAACAAUGGUUGCAUGUUCCAUGAAGUUGUUAGAAAUCUCUUCAUUCUGCUUCCUGUGUAUUUGUUUAUUUUUCUUUGAUAGGUUCUGAAUAAACAGUGUUUAGUAUGAUGAUUAUAUAAGUGUUUAGUAUCAAAAAGACUAGGUUUGACAACACAGAAGAAAUUUGCAAGAAACAAGAAAAAAAGAUGUUAACUU